CUCUCUCUCUCUCCCGGUCUCCCCUUCAAUUUUGAGUUUAUUGAUUCUUUUCUGUAUUUUUUUCUACCAAGCUAUAAAUGCAAGCUCUGUUUCACCACAUUUGCUUUGGUUUUACUGUUUCUCUCUCUCUCUCUCUCUCUCUCUCUCUCUCUCUCUCGGUUUCCUCCAUUGCAAACCAAGCUUUCUUCCUAGCUUCCACGGGUCCCCCUCUCGUCCACAAGGACGAAACUCCACCAACCAUUUUACCAACUCUUUGCUUCUCUAUCCCUCUAAAAUUCUCGUAAAAUAGCAAUAUUUUUUCCUGCUUCUUUUGCUCGAAUAUUGGAUUUUUGUCUGAGCUGCUUGCGUAUUCUCUCUUUAGUUUUCAAUUCUCUUUGGCCCACUUCUGGAAAUCCUGGCAGAACUCCAACUUCUAAACUACUCUUUUGCAAAUGCUAUUUUUGGGCUUCUGGGUUUUGGUAGGCUGUUGUGUUAUUUCUGGUCGACAUUGGCCUAUCUAUGCCUUCUGAGACUCUGUUGUUUCAAAGUUCAACAGCAGGCCAGUUUCCUUCUUCUGUGUGUAUCUCAGGGAAGAAGAUCAAAGGGGAACAGUCGAACAGAUCACCAGGAAUGAUACAUUUUCUUAUUCGCAUUAUCUUAUGGUGGAGAUGGACUGAGUUUGCAGCACAUGAGAUUAAGUAGACGGAUCACAACUCCAACUGCAGGAAAGAUCUCUCUUUUGUGUACACUGAAAACUGGAAAUGUCAUCCAACGAGUCUCUAAAUGCUGAAUUGUCAAAGAAGACUUCAUUUCUUGGUCUGAAGCUGUGGGUUUUGAUUGGUAUCUGCGUUGGUGUGUUUAUUGUAUUGAUUCUCUCCAUCUUAUCUAUAUGGGUCACAUUGAGAAGGAAAUCAAGGAGAACCUCAGACAAGUUCUCCCUUUCCCAAAUACCCAUUGUCUCAAAGGAAAUCAAAGUGGACAAGGUUGGAAUUAACAAUUUUAAUGAUCGUCGUGAAGGUGUUAUCCUGGCAGUCCAUGAUAAACCAGGUGACAAGCAUUCCGAAAAAUUGUUUGUUCAUUUGGCUGCCAGCAAAUCCAGUGACGCAGAUAACCUCAGCCAGUGCAGUUCAAUUUAUCAACUUGAGCGAGGCUGCAGCUCACAGUCAGGGGAGGAGGGAAGCUCUGGAACUGUUCGCAAGCAGUCUUCUUUGUAUGGACUGGCAUCAGCAUCUCCAUUGAUCGGUCUGCCUGAAGUUUCACAUCUUGGAUGGGGUCACUGGUUUACACUUAGGGAUCUUGAGCAUGCAACCAAUCGUUUCUCUGCAGAGAAUGUGCUUGGAGAAGGUGGGUAUGGUGUUGUUUAUAGGGGCCGACUGAUCAAUGGAACUGAGGUAGCAGUGAAGAAAAUCCUCAAUAAUCUGGGGCAGGCAGAGAAGGAAUUUAGAGUUGAAGUGGAGGCCAUAGGCCAUGUUCGACAUAAGAAUCUUGUGCGGCUUUUGGGCUAUUGUGUAGAGGGAAUACACAGGAUGUUGGUGUAUGAAUAUGUGAACAAUGGUAACUUGGAGCAGUGGCUUCAUGGGGCUAUGCGCCAACGGGGUUCCCUUAGUUGGGAAGCCCGUAUGAAAGUUAUCCUUGGAACUGCUAAGGCUCUUGCCUAUUUGCACGAGGCAAUUGAACCAAAAGUCGUUCAUCGCGACAUAAAAUCAAGUAAUAUCUUGAUUGAUGAGGAGUUUAAUGCAAAGAUUUCUGAUUUUGGCUUGGCCAAACUCUUGGGUUCAGGGAAAAGCCAUAUCACCACCAGAGUAAUGGGAACUUUUGGGUAUGUGGCACCUGAAUAUGCAAAUACUGGCUUGUUAAAUGAGAAAAGUGAUGUCUACAGUUUUGGUGUCCUCCUAUUAGAAGCAGUUACAGGCAGGGACCCUGUGGACUAUAGCCGGCCUGAAAAUGAGGUUAAUCUUGUUGAGUGGCUUAAGGUGAUGGUAGGCACUAGGAGAGCUGAGGAAGUUGUGGAUCCAAACCUUGAAGUUAAACCCACGACACGGGCUCUUAAGCGUGCCCUGUUGAUUGCACUGAGAUGUGUUGAUCCUGACUCAGAGAAAAGACCAAAAAUGGGUCAAGUUGUUCGAAUGCUUGAAGCUGAUGAAUACCCAUACCGUGAGGAUCGAAGGAACAGGAAGAGUCGAACAACCAGCAUGGAAAUUGAAUCCAUGAAAGAAAAUUCUGGCUCCAAUGACAUUGAAAACAGUGCUGGAUCAUCAGACAGUCAUACAUCUGAAGGAUUACAUGUCUAGGACUGACAAUUGCAACAGGACCCAAUUGAAUAAUCCUCCUUACCAUUCAAAUUUUUUGAGCUUUCCAGGAAAUCCUUAAGAGAUCAAUACAUACAGUCCAGAGUUUAUGGUGAUAAAAAUCCCCAAUGGGUUAAAGGAGCAAUCACAAUGAGGAAUACCCCUCUUGCUAUUGGAGUCUGCAUCUUGGCUGCUGGUUCAUACCACAACUUUUAGAUGGCAAAAUCAUGACAGGGAUGAAAAGAGGUGCUCUUAACUGUGAGGUUUCUUCUAGUAUCCAGAACACAGAAAAGAAGAAAAAGAAAGAAAAAAAAAAAAAAUUCUUAUUGUACAGAUAAAAUUCAGGGUUCAAUGGGGCUACUUUUUUUUUUCUGGUUUCUUUUUUACCCUUCCAUUUCUUCUUGUCUUCUGUCAAAUUUCCUCUACUUUUUCUUGGUCUGGUAAAAGACUCUCAGUUAUCAUCCCUUUUUUCACCUGCUCUUUUGUUUUACUUAUUAAAUAACUUAAUCAUUAAUCAUCCCUUUUCUCUU